CGGAGACCCUGGGCUGCACCCAAGGUUCCUGGCCGCGACCCCAGUGCCCACCCAGUGCCCACCGGGCCCACCCAACGCCCCAGGUGCCCAGGGACACCGCCAACGCCCCACUUCCGGCGCCCCCGUGACGUCGUCUCUGCGCGCCGCCCCACCCAGCCCCGCAGCCCCGGGUGCGCAGCUCGCCGAUCUUCACCCGCCGCCUUAGCCGCCGAGAUGUCCACAGGUGCACCUGCAGGGUCCAGUGCUGCCGCUGGCAGCAGCAGAAGACUGCAGCAGACUCAGAACCAAGUCGAUGAGGUGGUGGACAUAAUGAGAGUCAACGUGGACAAGGUCUUAGAGAGAGACCAGAAGCUCUCCGAGUUAGACGACCGGGCAGAUGCACUGCAGGCAGGGGCCUCUCAGUUUGAAACCAGCGCUGCCAAGUUGAAGAGAAAGUACUGGUGGAAAAAUUGCAAGAUGUGGGCGAUAGGGAUCAGUGUUCUGGUCUUCAUCAUCAUCAUCAUUGCUGUGUGGAUUGCUACUUCGUGAGGAGCCGGUGGGGAUGCAGCCCGCACUUCAGAAGAUGUCUUCGAGACUUUUGACUUAGAACCAGCUGUUAUCAAGCCUACCUUCUGUUUCGUACUUUUUUUUUUUGUUCAUGUGAAGUUCAAUUUCUAGGAAACAUGCCUUUGUUCUGUAAUAUGCACUCCAGGCUAGCAGUGGGCCAGGCCUGCCCACACUGUGCACAGUGGCCGCAUAGGCCUAAGGUGACAGAGACCUCCUGAGCCCCAGAGAGCUCCUCAUGUACCCAA